CUCAGUGAACCAACGGCGCACCCGGUCAUGACUCACGGCGCGACGACGAUGCACGCCACCUCUGAAGACUUUCGGUAGCAGCACAUCACAGCAACGGCACGCCAUAGCACCACGGCCAAGAUGGAGGCGCCCAAGACGCACGCGAAGCAGCAGGUCGUGGACCGCAUCCCCGCGCGCAUCAAGCACAUCCAGUUCGGCAUCUACUCCAACCAGGACAUUGUCAACCAGGCCGUCCUCGAAGUCUCGGACCGCAAUGUCUACGACCUCGCCCCCGCCUCGGACAGCACUCGCGUCCUCACUGCAAACGGGCCCAUGGACCUGCGCAUGGGCAUAUCGAGCAAGAGCGGCUUCUGCAGCACCUGCGGCGAGGGACUCGACACGUGCAACGGCCACUUUGGCCACAUCAAGCUCGCCCUGCCCGCCUUCCACGUCGGAUACCUGAAGCACAUCAUCGAGGUGCUGAACUGCAUAUGCAAGGACUGCUCGCGCGUCCUGCUGGACGAGGUCGAGCGUCGCAAGUACCUGCGCAGUAUGCGCCGCCCCGAUAUGGACACGCUGCGGCGGACAGCAGUCUCGAAGCGCAUACUGGUCGACUGCCGCAAGAAGAAGACGUGCCCAUACUGCAGUGCCCUGCAGGGGACGGUGCGGAAGGUGCCAGGUCAUCCGCUCAAGAUCAUCCACAACCGCUACGACGCCUUCAACCGCUCGACAGCAAAGACGAAAAAGCCACCAGCUGGCAAGGUCGAGUUUGACCAGUCAUUCGAGACGGCAAAGUCUGCCAACCCGGACCUGGACAAGCACCUGAAGAAGGCCGUCGACGACAUGCACCCUCUGCGCGCCCUGAACCUCUUUAAGAAGAUCUCCCCGGAAGACUGCGAGCUGCUGGCUAUGAUACCCGAGGAUGCACGUCCAGAAAUGUUGAUUUGGGAGUACAUGCCUGUGCCGCCCGUCGCACUUCGACCUUCAGUCAUGCAGGAGGGCGGAGCGACAGAAGACGACGUCACGAACAAAAUCGGAGACAUCUGCCAGAUCAGCAGCAUCAUUCGCGCUGGGCUAGCCCGUGGAUUCCCUCUCCAGAUCCUCAUGGAGCAGUGGGACUUUCUGCAGCUGCAGAUUGCCAUGUACAUCAACAGCGAUGCGCCGGGUCUAAAACAGCAGGGACUGCAAAAGACAAUGCGCGGCUUCUCUCAGAGGCUCAAGGGGAAGGGUGGUCGCUUUCGACAGAAUCUCUCCGGCAAGCGUGUCGACUUCUCAGGCCGUACUGUCAUCGGUCCAGAUCCCAACUUGAGCAUUGACGAAGUCGCCGUACCAGAACGGGUGGCGAAGAACCUCACAUAUCCAGAAAAGACGACUAGAUACAACAUCGAAAAGCUCAGAAAGCUCAUUCGAAAUGGUGCCAAUAAAUACCCCGGUGCAAACUAUAUCAUAAAAGAUAAUGGUCCAAACAAAGAAGCGUUCAAGAUUUCACUCUUGGCAUUGACGCGCAACGACAGGCGCGGUGAACGACUCCAGAGGCCUGCAGAGCAGCUCAAAAUUGGAGACGUUGUUGAACGACACAUUGAGGACGGUGAUAUCGUGCUGUUCAACCGACAGCCGUCCUUGCACAAGCUGAGUAUUCUCAGUCAUCGAGCCAAGAUCCGCCCCUGGAGAACAUUCCGACUCAACGAGUGUGUGUGCAAUCCCUACAAUGCUGAUUUUGACGGCGACGAGAUGAAUUUGCACGUACCACAGACCGAGGAAGCGCGUACCGAAGCGACAGAACUCAUGGGUGUCAAGUACAAUCUGGCCACGCCGAAGAACGGAACUCCCAUCAUUGCUGCCAUCCAGGAUUUCAUCACUGCUGCUUAUCUUCUGAGUGGCAAGAACAACUUUUUCGACCGACGUUCGUUCUGCCAAAUCGUCAACUACAUGUUCAACGGCGACGCAGCGUAUGAUCCGGACACGGGCGAGAUGCAUCCUAUUGAGAUACCACCGCCGGUGAUUUGGAAACCUCAGGCACUCUGGACAGGAAAGCAGGUCUUCAACCUUUUGAUGCGACCCAAUAAGAAGUGCAGGGUACUAGUCAACCUUGAAGCCGCAUGCAAGCAAUUCAAGAAUACCCCUGGCCAAGCUCCAGACCUGAAUGAGAACGAUGCUUAUCUCGUCAUCCGAAAUUCAGAAGUCAUGUGUGGUGUGAUGGACAAGGCGACUGUUGGUGAUGGAAAGAAAGACUCCAUCUUCUAUGUUAUGAUGCGAGAUUUCGGCCCUGACCAUGCGGUUCAGGGAAUGAACAGGCUUUCCAAACUUUCUGCACGUUGGCUGACCAACAACGGCUUCUCUCUUGGUAUCAGCGAUGUCACGCCUGGAGACAUGCUCAACCAGAAGAAGCAGGCUUUGGUGCAAGAAGCAUAUGCCAAGUGCGACAAGUUGAUCAAGGACUUCAAAGAGGGAAAGCUGCAGCGCGAUGCAGGAUGCGACGAAGAACAGACAAUGGAGAACAGGAUCGGUGGUAUCUUGUCGGGUGUCCGUCAAGCAGCUGGUGACAUCUGUUUCGAAGAGCUUAGCAGAUGGAACUCCCCACUUCUCAUGGCCAAAUGUGGUUCCAAGGGUUCGAACAUCAACGUCUCGCAGAUGGUUGCUUCCGUCGGACAGCAGAUGAUUGGUGGUGCGCGUGUCGCUGAUGGUUUCCAUCACCGAACGCUUCCUCAUUUCCCGAAGGCGGCGCGUCAGCCAGCGUCGAAGGGUUUCGUCAGUAACAGUUUCUUUUCGGGUCUGACGCCAUCCGAGUUCAUCUUUCACGCCAUGAGUGGUCGUGAAGGUUUGGUCGACACAGCUGUCAAGACUGCAGAAACUGGCUACAUGAGUAGACGUCUGAUGAAGUCGCUGGAAGAUCUCUCGGCACAGUACGACGACACAGUACGCAACUCCUCAGGCACUGUCGUGCAGUUUCAGUACGGCGACGACAACUUGGAUCCCGUCGAUAUGGAGGGCAAGGCAAAACCUGUGCACUUCGACCGCACUUUCUCGCACUCCGUCACAUCUACCUGGGAUAAUGAGGAGCCUAGUCUGACUCCAGACCAAGUACGUGUCCACACAGAAACCGUGCUAGACGUUGAGCGCGAGAAGUAUCCACGAUUCAAGCUCGAUGGCAUCACACAACUGCCCUACCGUGACAACAGCGACAGCGGUAUCGACCAGAAGGAGUCUAUGCGAGAUUUCCUCGACACAGUCCAAGACUACAUCUUUAAGAAGGCGCAGAAACUUGAGACAACGCUGGUAUACUUGGGCAUCUCGAAGCCUAACACUCAGAAGAAGUUGUCACAGGCUGAUGCGGAAAAGUACGGCCUCGCAGAUGGCAUCGCUAAACUAUCUCAGAGCGCCCUCGAUACUUUUAUCAAUCUCUGCCUGACAAAGUACCACCGCUCGCGGGUCCAGCCUGGUCACGCCGUAGGUGCCAUUGGUGCGCAAUCUAUCGGUGAGCCCGGUACACAAAUGACGCUGAAGACUUUCCAUUUCGCUGGUGUCGCCGGCAUGUCCAUCACGCAGGGUGUCCCGCGUAUCAAGGAGAUUAUCAACGCAUCGUCCACAAUCUCCACCCCCGUCAUCGCCUGCGAGCUCUCCAACAAAAUCUCCGAGUCCGCGGCCCGCAUCGUAAAAGCGCGUGUCGAGAAGACCUAUCUCCGCGACAUCAUCUCCUACGUCGAAGAUGUGUGGCACCCUAACGGUGCGUACAUCGCUAUGCGCAUCGACUGGGACACGGUCAACAACCUCUUCAUCGACGUGCAGCCCCACGAAAUCAUCGCGGCUAUCAACAAGCACAAAGCCCUCAAAUGGGGCAAAGCAGGAACAAACAUCCGCAUCUCCUCAUCCCUCAUCCGCGUCGAAGUCGCAGACCCCAGCGCCGCCAAAAAACGCCCCACGAAAACCCCCCGCAACCACAAGGAAUUCUUCGAGCGCGUCCAGCAAGUCAAAGCCCUCAUCCCCGACGUGGUCAUAAAAGGCUACGCCGACUGCCACCGCGCAAUCAUUAAGAAGGAAUCCGCUCCAAACGCCCAGGGCCACUACGAAUGCCAGCUCCUCGUCGAAGGCUACGGGCUCCGCGACUGCCUCACAACACCAGGUAUACAGCCCUACACCACAAAAUCAAACCACGUCAUGGAAGUCCGCGACGUCCUCGGCAUCGAAGCAGCCCGCGCAACUAUCGUGCGUGAAAUAGGCACCGUCAUGGGGAACAUGGACAUCGACCCGCGGCACAUGCAGCUGCUCGCCGACGUCAUGACGUUUAAAGGCGACGUGUAUGGGAUUACGCGCUUCGGCCUGCAGAAGACGCGCGACUCGGUGCUGCAGCUUGCUAGCUUUGAGAAGACGCCGGAUCAUCUGUUUGAGGCCGCUGCGAGGGGUAAGACGGAUACGAUUGAUGGUGUUAGCGAGUGUAUUAUUAUGGGCCAGAGUGUUAAGUUGGGGACGGGCGCGUUUCAGGUUGUGAGGCCGUUGUAUCUUGGGGGUGGGGAUGUGGGGAGGAAGGAGACGUUGUUUGAGGAUGGGUGGGAGGCGUUGUAGGGGGGUGGAUGGAUAUCAGGAUAU